GUUUCCUCACAGAGAUUAUCAUUUUUUACCUGGAAAUAUUCCUGCCUGAGCUUUAUGAAACAGAUUUAAUCAAUUUUAGGAGAAAAGCUUGUUAUUGUGUCUGUAUCUGGAGAUGUUUAUUACGUCCUCCUUUGAUGCCUGAGAGCUUUAAGAUCAAACCUUCUAAUGGAACCAUCAGAGGUCAGACACUGGUCUUCCAGAACACCUCCUCACACUCCUGCUGCCUCUCAGAAUGUAUGCAGUAGGGAUGUGCAGACAGAAACCUGUACAGAUUCAGGUGAAGGGACAUCAGGCUCUGUAGGACACACCAACCCUGAAGACCAACAGAAACAUGUGAAGAAGGAUGAACCAGAGGAUGAAGGUUAUGUCUGUGAUACGACGCCCGGCCCUGUGGAACACUUCACACCUGUGGAGGAGCAGAAAUAUAUAAAAAAGGAAGAACCUGAAGAUGAAGAUUAUCUCAGUGGAAUUUCAGGUGGACAAGCAUCAUGCUCUGUGGAAAAUGUAGGAGAACAGAGUGGAGUUCAGAGCAUGCAUGUAAAAGAGGAAGAGUCUACAGAUGAACACUUCCUCUGUACCACGACAGUAUGGGAAAAAGAUGAUGCCCAGUUGGAAGUCUACCCCUGCUUCAUGUGUUCACUUUCCUCUACAUCUCAUACUUUCCUCCAUAAACACAUCACUAGAUGCCACCCUGACGAAUAUGAGAGACUGAUCAAAUCAGGAGACAUAAUGUAUCAGAAUCUUCUGCCAGAAAGAAGCUCUAGUAUUCAGCAAACCAUCUCUGGUCCUCUGCAAAUGCAGAAAGAAGUCCAUCUGUGCUUGCAGUGUGGGAAGAGUUUCACUGACCAGAAAAAUCUCAGAAGACACCAGUACAUUCACAGAGGAGAGAAACCACAUCACUGCUCAGAGUGUGGGAAGAAUUUUGUUCGACAGAGUGAUCUCCAGAUACACCUGCGCAGUCACACGGGAGAGAGGCCACAUCACUGUCCAGAGUGUGGGAAGAAUUUCGCCCAACAGAGUAGUCUCCAAAGACAUCAGCGCAUUCAUAAUGGAGAAAAGCCAUAUCACUGCUCAGAGUGUGGGAAGAGUUUUAAGCAGCAGAGUCAUCUCCAGACACACCAACGUAUUCAUACAGGAGAGAGGCCAUAUCACUGCUCAGAGUGUGGGAAGAAUUUUAUUCAACAAAGUGAUCUCCAAACACACCAGCGCAUUCACACAGGUGAGAGGCCAUAUCAGUGUCUGGAGUGUGGGAAGAGUUUUGCCCAACACAGUAGUCUCCAGCGACACCAACGCACUCAUACAGGAGAGAAGCUGUACCACUGCUCAGAGUGUGGGAAGAGUUUUAUUCAACUCAGUGAUCUCCAGACACACCAGCGCACUCACACUGGAGAGAGGCCAUAUCACUGCUCUCAGUGUGGGAAGAGUUUUACUCAUCCAAGUAGUCUCCAAAGACACUUACGUGUUCACACGGGAGAGAGGCCGUAUCACUGCCCACAGUGUGGGAAGAGUUUUAAUCGUCACAGUACUUUCAAAGCACACCAGUUCGUUCACACAGGAGAAAAGCCACAUCACUGCUCACAUUGUGGAAUGAGUUUUGCCCAUCAGAGUAGCCUCCAGCGACACCAGCGUGUUCACACAGGAGAGAAGCCAUAUCACUGUUCAGAUUGUGGGAAGAGUUUUAUUCAACAAAGUGAUCUCCAGACGCACCAGGUCAUUCACACAGGAGAGAGGCCAUAUCACUGCUCACAGUGUGGGAAGAAUUUUACUCGACCGAGUACUCUGAGAACACACAAGAUCAUUCACACAGCACAGACGUAUGAAGUUAGGAUCAUGCCAUUUGAAAUCUGAAUUCAAAAACUGAACUGAUUUUGUGGUUUGCGAAGAGCAAUCUAAACUGAGACUAAAUUAGCUUAAGGGUGACUCUUAAACCAGUGAACUAACAUGAGGAUGUGGUUUUCAGACUUCAGAGCACUUCUGUACAUCUCUCUGGAUAAGAGCAUCUGACAACAGGGUGUCCCCGGAUCCUUAAAAAGUCUUAAAAGGUCUUAAAUUACAUAAUAUAAAAAUAAGGCUUUUUUUUAGCAUUAAAAUGCCUUAAAUUUGCGUUUCAAAGGUCUUAAAAAUAAAAUCUAACCGACCCCAUAAAGAUUUUAUUUUUAUCUUUUUGAAAACAAUUUGAAAUGUUUUCGUUUAUUUGUUACGCAGAACGAAACAGGCGGAACCAACUAAAAUACACGUUCAUGGGGAGUUUGUUUAACACCGGCUUUACGGUAGCUGUGUGAACCAUGGAAAAGUUUGAGCUUUAGCCUUGAGGAAAUGUAAAUCGAGGUCUGGUGCAGGCUGUGCAAAAAAAAUGUAAAACUCGGAACAAUGAGGAUGAAAGCUUUGGAGACCCACAUGCAGUGUGAAAAACACAAAGCGGCUGCAGAAACCUGUCGGAACCUGGCAUUUCUCAGUUCUGCUCCGUCGUGCCCACAUCAUUAAAGCCUAUUACAGACUGCUGCUGUAUCCUGAACACCGGCGUCUGCAUCAGCUUCAAGUUCAAGCACCGCCACUUCUGCUCCAGCAGACAUCAGAACAAUGCUUGGCUCCAUCACAACACUUUUAUUUUCUAGGAAUGUGCACUGCAGUUCCACUUGAAAAAGCUAAUCUCUGUUUCUAUGGAUGUACCAAAUGUCAAUUGGAGGUUUUUAGAACUCCUGCAACAGGAGCAUCAUGAGCAGUUUGGUGGCACACAGCUAAUUGUGGUGGGGAGCUGUGGCCUCCACACCCUACACCCUAAUGCCUGCAAACAUGGCUUCUCCAUUUGGUACAUGGAGAAGGAUCUGAGGGCCUUGUACAUACUCUUUCCAGUGCACCAGCUAGGAGGAUGCAGUUGGGAAAAAGAAGAUAGCAAAUCCAGGAACGGCAUCUUAUGACACUCUUGAAGCUGCUGAAAAAGACCCUUUUGGUCCUAAAUUUCAUUCUGCAUGGUAUUAAAAGGUCUUACACAGUCUUAAAUCUAACUCUUAGAAACCUGCAGAUACCCUGAACAAGAGCCAUAAAUGUGAAUUUAAAUGAUUUUUAAGUUCAAAACGGAAAAGAAAUAAUUCAGUGUAUAUCUUCAAUGACUUCAUCUUCUCUUUUUUUUAAAGUAACAUGCUCUCUCACAGCCCAGGUCCUGUCUAUGGACAGGAGCUCAUGCAGAUAAUCUCUGCUUUUCAUUUCUACUUCAGCUUCUACUGCAUUAUUGGUGCCGAUAAGCAGUUUUUUUCCUUUGGUCAGCUGCGACAAAAGAAUAUAAAAUGUUACUUUCAGGGAAAUUAUGUGUUGUGUUUCCACAACUCUUAUGAAGGUAUUUCAUGGCUUAAAGCAAAGAUGACUUAAAGUUUUCAGAGAUUUCAUGUUGCGUUUUUCAUGUAAGCACAAUCCAUUUCACUCCUUAAAGCUAUCUGUAUAUGGGAAGGAAAGAUCUCUUUGGAGUGUAGUUCCUCUUGGGCUGAUGCUUAUUGAGAACAUCUGCCUUGGUAUUACAGAGCAGACGUCUCUGCUUACUUUCACCAGCAUGCUGUUCAUAUAGUUUAUAUAGCUAUGUCUUAUUUGUUCUACUUGGUUUUAAUCGUUUAAAAAAGUCAGAUAACAGCUAACUUAUUGAUAAUACAUGCUGAAGCGGUGAGCCGUAUACUGAUGCAGUUAACAGCCUUGUGAAUAACAGAAUGCUCCGCAGGCGGCGCUGUGAACAUUAACCCCGCUGUACACUCACAACAGAAAAAGAUGAGCUGCAGGGAUAUUUUUAUUUAUUAAUUUUUUGUGGCAUUUGUUCUUGUGAGUGAACAGUUGCUUUCUCACUGUGAGGUGAUAAACUUCACCUUUAAAAUAGUCCUCAGUGUGUUUCUUAAUGACCAAUUGGAUGGAUUUUGAAAUAAAGGUUUGUUAUUGUCUUUCUAUGAGGAUAUUUAAUAUGUUAAGAUUUUGGCUAAGUAUUGAUUCCUAAAUUACUCCCUUCUCCCUUUAAUGGAUAACGCAUACAUGUGUGUAUAUAAUAAUAAUAAUAACAACAAUAAUAAUAAUAUCUUACAUUUAAAUGUUUAAAUGUCUGGGAUUUUCUUUUUACUGAUAUAUUUGAUGUCUAAAUGUGUUAAUGUUUCAGAUUUAUAUGAUUCAGAAUCAGUGUGAUUAAAGGAAGAGGAUCUGUUGACCUUCUCAGUGUUUGGAUCAGGGUUUUUAAAUGUACUUUGUUUUUUUUAGCGUAUAUAAAAGAUUUUUUUUCUGUUUAUUUAAACUUAUAAAGCACAAUAAAGCUAUUUUGAUGCUGAAUGUUUUUGAUAAAUAAAUAAGAAAUGAAAAUGAU